AUGGUGAAGCUGGGGAGUAAUUUGAACGACAAGAACAGCAAACAACCAUCCAAUGAAGAUGGUUUUCAGACAGUUCCUUUGAUCACACCUUUGGAAGUAAACCACCUGCAGUUCCCGGCUCCGGAAAAGGUAAUUGUGAAAACAAGAACAGAAUAUCAGCCUGACCAGAAGAACAAAGGAAAACUCAGAGUGCCCAAAAUUGCUGAAUUCACAGUCACUAUUCUCAUAAGUCUGGCUCUUGCAUUCCUUGCCUGCAUAGUGUUUCUUGUGGUAUACAAAGCCUUUACUUACGACCACAGUUGCCCAGAUGGAUUUGUUUAUAAGCACAAGCGGUGCAUCCCAGCCUCGCUGGAUGCUUACUAUUCCGCACAGGAUUCCAACUCCCGGGGCAGGUUCUACACUGUCAUCAGCCACUACAGCAUGGCCAAGCAGACCAGCUCCCGGGCUGUAUCACCCUGGCUGUCUUCAGGAUCGGUAAACCACGAAGCCAAGGCUGCCAAGACAGAAGGUCAUUAAAAUUAACAAGUGGUGAUGGGCCAGGUGGGAGGGUGGGGGGACAACACCGUGUCUAUACUGCAUUGCUCUAAGCUGAGGGUGCUGUGCUAACAGCAUGACAGGAAUAAAUAAAACCCAAGUGCAGGAGUCAUCUUAAUGGAUAUUUCUUUUCGUGCAUUGUUCUCGUUGAUUUGUUACUGAGUCGAGCUCUUGUACAAAGGCAUGUUUGAUGUUUGACUGUACCUUACGAUGUAAAAAUAUUUUUAAAUCAUUGCUUAACUAUUUGUUAGAAAAAGAAAUUAAAAAACAAAAAAAGCAAAUUAGAUAAACAGCCAGAGAGGAUAAAAGCGGCAAGGAGAAUCCCGCAAAGCUGGAAAGCUGUGACAGAGGCUUAACAUGCAGUGAAGGAAAAGCUGAAAGCCUUUUGAGAGAGGGGAUAGAAAGAAUCUGGUGCAAAGACAUUGUGAUGUUGCUUAGCUUGCCACGGGGGUGGGGGGAAAUAUUGCCGUCAAAUUGAAUCUAGUAUCAGUGUUCAUUUGCUGAUA